UCGCAACAUGGCAGAUCGACCGGCCUGGCUCAGAAAGAAAAUUGGGGGAAUUUUGCUCGAUAUUUCUGGCGUCCUUUAUAAUGCUAAUGAGGGAGGUGGUGAAGCUAUUCCUGGAUCUGCUGAAGCAGUUAAGAAGUAGGCUGAAAGCAGCUGGUUACAAGGUGCAGUUUUGCACAAAUGAGGAUACUUGCACAAGAGAGCAGCUUGUCCUCAAACUUGGACAAUUUGGAUUCAACCUGUCAGCUAAUGAAUUACUUGCACCAUCUCCUGUUGCAAGAAAGAUUCUUCAGGAUCGUAAACUACGCCCGUUACUUCUGAUUCAUCCCAAAGGACUUGCAGAAUAUGAGGGAGUGGAUUGCACCAAUCCCACCUGUGUUGUUGUUGGCGGAGCUGAAGAUCAAUUUACCUAUGCACGCAUGAAUGAGGCCUUUAGACUACUUUUAACUUCAGAUAAUCCAGUUCUUUUUGCUUUAGGACAUGGCCGCUAUUACAGAAGUGGUGCAAAUCUAGUCCUUGAUGCAGGUCCAUAUGUAAAGGCCUUAGAGUUUGCUUGUGAUGUAAAAGCUGAGGUUAUUGGUAAACCUUCAGCUUCUUUUUUCCUAACUGCUUUGGACAAAAUUCAAGUAUUACCUGAAGAUGCAGUUAUGAUCGGAGAUGACAUUGUAUCAGAUGUGGGUGGGGCCCAGGCAUGCGGGAUCAGAGGAGUACAAGUUAGGACUGGAAAAUACAGACCUGGAGAUGAAAACCACCCUGCUGUAAAACCUGAUGGAUAUGUGGACAAUCUAGCACAAGCUGUGGAGCUCAUCCUCAAAUACAAUUGAGCAGAAUAUUACACUGAAUGAAUGAAUUGGUGUGUAAAGACAAAGGAUAGUCUAGUUUCAUCAAAAGAGAAUGUUGAUAUAGGAAAAGCGAGAAAAGAGUUCAAAUCAGUCAGGAUUGGCUUUGUACAUCAAUAUGUUCACCAUCUCAUUGGUUUGGUAACAAAUCAGGGUGCCUAGAUGUCAUGUGAAAAUGAUCUAUUGGGCAACAGUAAUGGGUUUUCAACUAAUGUUUGAAAAAGAAAAUAACUUUAAAAAAAUAUAGGAUAUUUACAUUAAAAAUAUUAAGUAGAGUAACUAUGUUAUGUUAGAAAAGAUGAAACAUUUAUUUCUCUCUAAAAUUAUGUUACAGCACUUGACAAGAAGAACAUAAUUUUGUUUGGCAUAAGUAAUAAAAGGUUUGCAAAGUUAGUUGUUCUCUCUCUCUACUACCUUAGAGCAUAUUUCAGGCCAAAAGGAGAUUUAAAUCACGACCAGUUUUUUCUAUUGAAAUAUUAGAUCUAGUUAAAUGCAAUUUAACGGAGUUAACAACAAAGAGCAUUAGCAUUC